AUGUCCUUUCUAUAUAAUUCAGACGAAGAGAAAAUUGCCGUUGAAGAAUACCGCAUUGGCAACACAAUCGAACUGAUAACCGAUGACAAUAAUAUUCCAACCAUUAUAAUCUCGGAUGAAUCUUCAUAUGCGUCGACUGAUAUUACACCCGUUAGUCAGCAAGUUGAAUACAUAUUUGACUUAACUGACGACGACUACGACGUAGAUCAGGAUGAUACCAGCUCCGCGGAUACACGCUUAUCGGAUGAAUCGCCUGCCGAAUCAGACGUUUCUACUCCGGUCAUUGGCGGCAACCGGCCGAAUAUGAAAGAUACCAGUUCAAAGAUGUUGCAGUCAAAGAAGAUCAUUUGUAAGAGUUGUUCGAAUUUUAUGGUUAUGUACACAAAUUACAUAUAUUCAAGAUGUGUCUUCUGCAAUAAUGACAUAUGAUGAGGCUGUCACAUACCCGCUGAACUACCUAACGAAAUAUCUGAAGUGAUAUUCGUACAAUUUUGAUAGUAUAGU